CACUGGGGUGGGGUAUAAAGAGGAAGGAAGCAGAUUUAAAACCAGAGACGGCUGCAAAACACACACUGACUGGACAGCAAACAAGCCAGCAAAGACAAGAGGUUUCUUUUUCUCUGUUUUUGAGAGAAAUCAUCCCUUAUUAUGUAACCGAAAGCGCUCCGGAGGUGCUUCAUUUGGGGCCAUAAAUCUAUUUUCAGUCUGAACCGUGUUCCUCUUAAACACUCUGAGAACACAGAGUGAAAACCUCUGCGGUACUGUUCGCCUCAUCUUUCCAUUGCACCAGCAGGUGUUAUGGAUCUGCAGUGUCUCCGAUGCUGGAAAGUUUUGCCACUUCUUCUGUUGUUGCCAGGUAGGUUUUGGUGCAUGUCAGUUCACAUCCUGAAUGAGCAGCCUGUCCACAUAAUCCCAGGCUCCAAGCUGGUUCUCACAGCUCGGAUCGAGAAGAAUCUCAGGGAAGAGAUUUCCAUGAUAACGUGGACACGGGAGCCUGAAACUGGACAUGAUCGGACCAAAGUGACGCUGGCUACGUGUUCUGCCAAAAGCCCAAAGUGUUCUGGUGGAAGGCCAAAUGUACAAGUGAGUUUGAAGCAGCAGGAGACGACACUUGAGAUGAACAGAUACAGCACAGAAGACAGCGGAGAGUACUCAGUGACUGUGAUAGAUCGCUCAGGAGCCAAUGCCACCGGACGCUGCAUCGUCAGGGAAUACGAGGCAGUUCAUCAUGUCUCCGUCAGCAUCAACGUGUCUCACUCCUUGCUGGUUUGCCACGAGGCGUGGGGGACAGACCCCAGCUUCAGCUGGCUACACGAGAGAGCUGCCAUCACCCAGCAGGUGGGAAAAGUCUCCAAGGAUGGAGACAUGCUGAUUGUAACCAUGAAUCCCAUUUGUGGUCACUUCACCUGCAUGGUUGGCAACAAGCUGGGAUACAGCUCUGCCACGUACACUGCAGCACCUUGUGAAAGUGGGGGCAGAGGGACGACGGCGGCUGUGGUUUGUCUUGUCCUCCUGCUGCUGGUGUGUGGAGGAGUGCUGGCAUUUCUCUUGUGGAGGAGGCGCAGGGAGAAUAACAUGGGAGAGAGGUUGUACGAACACACAGACGACACAAUCUAAAAAAGAUCUGAGCUGUUGCUAAAAAGUCUCAGAGGAGAACAGUGGACGGGCCGCACAACGAGGGUGGAAACUUCCUGUCCUGUGAGCAGUAUGACCUCACACUGCAUGGAAACAAUGUGAAGAGUGAACUGUGAACUGCUUUCAGACAAAUAUAGAAAAUAUGUACAAGUGGAUAUUCGGCUCCCAGUGCCUCCUGCUCUGCCUGAAAAUGUUUUGUUUUUUUUAGCCAUGUUUAAUUUUAUUUCUUUAUGUUUUGCUGUCAGUAAAUUGCAUAAAAAAUGUAUUACAUGAAGUUUAACAAAAUUUAAGUCUGAAAGAAUAGGAUGCUUGGAUAUUCAUCUAUGCUUAGGUGAGAUUUCCUCUCAUUUGCUUUCAUUUCCAGGGUUCACUUUUCAGCUUACAUGCACACACAUUUAGAGCUAAGCAGCAAAAACAAUUGAAGAAGACUUGAUUAAAAGCGGAUCUAGCCCAAUGCCGGGCUCUUACACAUUUAUGAAAAGUCUGGAGAAGUCUGGAAAUUUAUUUGAUCUUUUUUUAAGUCUAGAUAACUAUGAAAAAGUAGUUAAAUUUAAACACUUAUUGCGUUAUCUAAGAGAUGAAAAUAUAUUUUGUAAAAUGAAGUGCUUUUUAGAAUAUUUUAUGCUCAAAAUACAGGGCAGAGGGGCAGGAAGAGAUUCAAAAACAAAGCAAAUCAACACAAAUUAUCAGAGUAAAGGAUCACAAAUUGUGCUUCAAAGAAACUGUGUGUGUGUUACAGAUUUAAAAUGUUAAGACUAGAUGCCUAAAAAAGCUGUGAAAUAGCCUUACUAGGACUCCAACAUGUGUUAUUAAAGAUUUGUGAAAUCUGAGGUAAAUGCUUUGUCCUCAAACGUCUCAAAUGUUUGGAGGUUUUUUGUAUUUGUGUUUUUAUUAUUUCAAAAAAUAUUGCUAUCUGAGUCAAGAAAAAUGUGCAAAUUUCAAAAUGGAAUUUUUUUUAGAAAUCCUGUUAACAAAUGUUAAUUUGGGGCCACCAUCUACCACUGCACCACUGACCUGACUUUUAAAACAUCCAUUGCUUGAUUUAGUUUUUUGUUUUGUUUUACAUCUUAUAUUCCACAUCAGGGGUCAGGUUUGAUGCUGUUUUCAC